UUCGUCUUGUCGAUUACCUCUUACCUUGGGCUUGAAAGCUCAAAUUUUCAUUUGCUCGUGGUAUGUCUCAGAAUAUCGUGUGGUGACAUCGUUGUACAGUUUAGUUAGAUUCGAAGCAGCAAUUGUUCAAUAGAUCGAAUUUCUUUACGCUGAAUCAGACAAAGUGAUGUCGAUGAAACGUCAAAGAUUCAACAGUACUGUUCGGUAAUCAUUACCGAAUUCUGCCAGCUGAUCCAGGAUAAAACAACGACCUUUCCGGGCCCGUCAUUCCUCCAGCAAACUCUACUGCAAUGAAGCGAAAUUAAAGAUCGACGAAGUGCAUCGGUGCAGAAAAAUCGUCAGAUUUGCAAUUGCGUCACAUGAAAACGAACGAUGAGGCGCCGUCGGACCUGGUGCCGGCCAGCACGGAUAAAGCGCACAAGGAUGAAGACAGCGUCAAGGAUGAAACUGCCGAGUCCAAUGAAAAGUCUGCCACGUACAACAACAGCAAUGCAAUAGAAAUAAAAAUAGUUCAAGAGAAAAUUGAACCAUGCUUAGAGCUUCCACCGACGCUUCAUGAACGAUUUAUGAGAAUCAAACAAAUGGUUAAGGAUGCCAUAGCCGCGCACCAUACGUUUAUGAUAUAUGGAAGAGCUCGAGUGGUUCGCGAAUGCAUGCUAAGAAGAGGAUGGUGCGAAAAGUUUUUCAGAAAAAAUACCAGUGCCGACCAGCAUUUUAACGUGGAAGCAAGUCCUGUAGUUUUAUUGGCCGGUAUCGGAGAUUUGAAGGAUCAACAAAGCGAGAGGCAAUUGAUCUCUAGAAUGCUUACAAAUCAUACCGUCGACUUUCUCUGGAACACCGGGUCCGAAUGGCCCGGUUGGCCAUCACAGGACAACAAGGCCACGAUCUUUAACAGAUAUUGCAGAGCAGGAUUCACCUCGAAGGUGGGCUUAUGUUCGAACGUUAAACAAAUGCACUGGUACUACGAGGCUGGAGUAGCGAACACCCUUUUCCCGCGUUGCUAUAAUCUCUGCCAGGGCGAUCAGAUGCACGCCUUCAUCGAAGAUUUUCGAUUCACAGCUUGCUUAAGCUUGUUGAAAUGGUUGGUUAACAAGAUCGGCAGCGAAGGCGAAAACGCUGUUCGAUCACCGACUGGCACGGUGCCUCUGAAGGCGUUAGAGUUCGCAAUUAAACGAUGCAGCGACUAUAUCAGUGCUCAGUCGCACGAGGAUAUCGACCAGGAAGUGGAAAGGGUUUGGGCGCAUCAGUGGGAUCAAUUUAUCAGCUGGUACUAUCAGAUCGUUCAUGGUCAAGCUCUCUUUGUUCGGAACAAUGUCCCGUUCCAAAAAUUCUUUCUCGCGUCGAAACAUAUCUUAAAGAAGAUGAAGAAGUAUUGGCCUCAACUUGAUAUGGACGGUGUAAUGAACGUGUGGAUCAUGAAACCGGGAAAUAAAAGUCGCGGUCGAGGGAUCGUACUUUUGAACAAGUUAGAAGACGUAAUGGCGAAAAUGAAUCCAUCGAACAAAUCUGACACUCGUUAUGUCGUACAAAAAUACAUUGAACGACCAUUGCUGAUACACAGUACUAAAUUCGACAUCAGACAGUGGUUCAUUAUCACUUGCGCUCAGCCCCUUACGCUUUGGAUAUACAAAGAGAGUUAUCUGCGGUUCUGCUCCCAAAAGUUCAGCUUGACGGACUUCCACGAAUCUAUUCAUCUGUGCAACCAUGCGAUUCAGUGCAAAUACACGAAUUGCGGCGAUAGAGAUCCCGCGUUACCAUCGGACAACAUGUGGGACGCGACGACUUUCAAGGAGUAUCUCAAGUCCCAAGGGCACGAUAAAGCGUGGGACGAGAUCAUUUAUCCGGGAAUGAAGCAAGGUCUUGUCGGUUCUCUAUUGGCUAGCCAAGAAGCUAUGGAUCGUCGCAAAAAUAGUUUCGAGCUAUACGGGGCUGAUUUCAUGGUCAUGGACGAUUUUUCUGUUUGGUUAAUCGAAAUUAAUAGUCAUCCCGACAUGAGUUACUCGAGCAGAGUCACGACACGGCUUUGUAGGCAAGUCCUAGAAGACACCAUAAAAGUGGUCGUAGAUUACCGGGAAGAGAAAGACGCGGACACGGGACAAUUCGAGUUGGCUUAUAAGCAAAGAAUGCCUAGUUGCCAACCAUAUUUAGGCGCGGCACUCUCGCUUCAAGGGACUAAAAUAACCACUUGUGGGAAGAAGCCCACAUUAAACAAUCAAGAUUCGAAAGUUAGCCUUGUUUCGAAAUCCCCUAUGACGUGUCUAAUGAAGAAGAAAUCGACUAUGCACAAUCCAAUUGGUCCGGUGAUCGUCGAUUUGAUCGAGGAGUUAGAAAUACAGCUCGAUCAAGAAUUUUACGCUUAUUACAAAGUAGAUUCGCCUAAACUGAGACAGAUAUUGCCUACUAGUGCGCCUUCGAAACCUUUGAAGCCUGUUGUUUUGAUCGAUAAGCAAGAAUCGACCGUGAAAAGUGCACCUGUGGGCGGCACAGUUGCUAAUCCGAAAACGAAAUCUCCGACGUCAGUUCAGGAGAGGAUCGGUAGUAAUCAGAAGCAUGUAGUACGUAUGUCGAGAAAACCGAACACUUAUAAUGCGACGAGUAACAAUAAAAUAGAAUCAUCACCCCCGAGACAGAUGUUGGUCUCCAAGAUUAUGGCUAUUCAGAAACAAUCCACGAAGAUGGUCCCGAAACCUGAGAAACCUUCCAAGCAAAAUGAUGAUAAGAUGAUUAAGACGGCAGUACGCGAUGCCAUUAAAAAGUAUAAAAAGAAUGCUAGCCUGUCCGCCAGUAUUCCGUUGGAAACGUCCACGUUGCCGUCUCUUGUAACAGUAACCAACACAGGAUCUAGUCAAGCAGCCACAGGAAAAAAUAAGCACCGUAACGUUCCGAAAAAGUAUACUCGCCAAAAAAAUAACAAGGUUUUGUCGGACAUUACCGACAUGUAUGCUGUCGGUUUGAGAUUAACCAAAUAAUUAUAAAAAGUUUUCGUAAUCUGCACUCAUGUCUUGCUACUUCCGACACUGUUCAUCCGCUCUUUAAACUCUAUA